UUAAGUUCCCUCUCUCUCAAUAAAGAAAAAAGAAAGUAGAGAGAAAGGUUGUGACUUAUUGCGAGAUUUAGAAAGAAAGAGAAAAUGAGUGGCGGAGGCGAAGAAGGAGAAGAGACAACACUUGAGUUCACUCCCACGUGGGUAGUCGCCGCCGUGUGUACUAUAAUCGUCGCCAUUUCACUCGCUGCUGAGCGUCUUCUUCACUAUGGCGGAAAGUAUCUCAAACGCAAAGAUCAAAAACCACUUUACGAAGCUCUCCAGAAAAUCAAAGAAGAGUUGAUGCUUCUCGGUUUCAUUUCUCUUCUUCUCACGGUUUCCCAAAACGGACUCACCAAAAUAUGUGUUCCUCCCGGUGUAUUGCGUCACAUGCUUCCUUGUACUCUCAAGGAGAAGGAUCAGGCAGAGUCGGAAAAACCGAAAUCACAUUCUGCUUUCUCUUUUCCCGGAAUCGCAAGGCGUCUUCUCGCCGAUCGUCUCCUAGCAGAAGCAGAAGCAGCGGAAGAGGCUAAUCCGAAAUCCCCUUUCUGCUCCAGCAAGCACAAGGUUCCUUUAUUAUCUCUUGAAGCUUUGCAUCAUCUACACAUCUUCAUUUUUGUUCUCGCCGUCGUUCAUGUUACUUUUUCCGUUCUCACCGUUGUUUUCGGAGGCGCCAGAAUUCGACAGUGGAAGCACUGGGAAGAUUCUAUUCGAAAGGAGAACUAUGAUACUAGUAAAGUUCUCAAACCAAAGUUUACUCAGGUUCAAAAUCAUGAAUUUAUCAAAGGUCGCUUUUCCGGUUUUGGUAAAGACUCUGCUUUAAUUGGUUGGGUGCAAUCCUUUUUCAAGCAGUUUUAUGGUUCUGUGACAAAAUCAGACUAUGUGACAUUAAGGCUCGGGUUCAUUACGACUCACUGCAAGACAAACCCAAAGUUUGAUUUUCACAAGUAUAUGAUCCGUGCCCUUGAAGAUGAUUUCAAGAUAGUUGUUGGCAUAAGUUGGUAUCUUUGGCUCUUUGUGGUCAUCUUCUUGUUGUUAAAUAUCAAUGGUUGGCAUACAUAUUUUUGGAUUGCUUUCAUUCCAGUUAUUCUUUUACUUUCUGUGGGAACAAAGCUAGAACAUGUAAUAACCCAACUAGCUCAUGAAGUAGCUGAAAAACAUGCAGCCAUAGAAGGUGACUUGGUUGUAAAACCGUCCGAUGGUCACUUUUGGUUUCAUCGCCCCCACAUCGUUCUCUUCUUGAUUCACUUUAUCCUUUUCCAGAAUGCUUUUGAGAUAGCAUUUUUUUUCUGGAUAUGGGUUACAUAUGGAUUUGACUCAUGUAUAAUGGGACAAGUUCGUUACAUUGUUCCAAGGCUUGUGAUUGGGGUAUUUAUUCAGGUACUGUGUAGCUACAGCACCUUACCACUCUAUGCAGUUGUUACACAGAUGGGAAGCCACUAUAAGAGGGCAAUAUUUAAUGAGCAUGUGCAAGUGGGCCUUGUUGGUUGGGCAGAGAAGGUAAAAAAGAAGAAAGCACAAAAAGCUGAUAGUAACCAAGGAAGUUCUCAUGAUCAUGAGGGCAGUAAUAGUGCAGGAAUUCAGCUCGGGUCAGUUUUCCAGAAGAGGGCAUCAGCUCCUGAUCACGAGGGUAGUAAUAGUGCAGGAAUUCAACUUGGGUCAGUUUUCCAGAAGAAGGCAUCAGCUCCUGAGGACAAUGCGUCGGCGUCGAUCCCCAAAGCUGAGGGGUCCAACUGAUUAUUAGUGUCUAGGUUAAGGUUAUGUGAUUAGAUGUUUGGUAGGGCUUGCCUUAUUUGUAAUUAUUUAACAAAUUGCAGCUUUUCUUUUUCUUAUUUAAUUUGCCAGCUUGGUGAAGCACUGUAUUUGUAGGGCAUGCUGGGCUUGGUAUAGGGGUGUGGUGAUAGAUGUAUAGGCUUGAUGCUAGCAAUGCUGUGUUAAUUUAUAAGUUCCUAAGAUUUCCUACCAUGCCCACUGACUAGCUACUACAUACAUCAUCUGGUUUUUGCUUCCUGCAUGGCCUUAUUAUAAAAAUACUUCCACAGUCAGUGACUCAUACUCAGUUCUUAAAUUGGAGAAGCGUUUUCAAGUU